AUGGCAAACGGAAAAAAGAAGAAACGCAUCUUGGCUUCAAUGCCUCACUCCUCAAAGUUCGCAAGAGUCCUCGCGAUACCCAAAUCGCGUAUUCCGAAAAUGUCCUCCCAUCUCGCCUCAGAUCUGGAAACUCCAACUGAUGCGGUAGCAACUUCCCCGAUUUCAGUCCCAGAGGGUGAAAACCCUACUUCGCACUGUUUAUCCUCUACAAGCGAUGCCUCACAGCAAAACUUGGAAUCAGCACGACCUGAAGAAGUAGAUGUUUCUGCUAUUGACGGAAAUGCUACCUCAGACAUCUCUGUUCCCACUCCAACAACGCAAACAGAGAAACCACCACUAUCUCCUCCGAGAAAAUGGGCUUCCGUGAUUCACGAAUCAAGCCAGCUAGAGGAACUCGGAACUCCAGCUGAACAUGUCUCAGGAGCUCCUUUUGUAUUCAUUCCGGAUGAGAACCUUGAAGAGGCCAAAGAGGAGUUCAAGGAAUUUAUUUUUGCUCGAUUCCAUGGAGAUGCCCCAGAAAUGGGAAGAAUAAUUGGCAUAGUAAACGCGUUGUAG